UGCCGUCAGCACCCCUGCCUUCGGUCUGCGCCCCCUCCCCGCUGACCUCACUGGCGCGGCAUCACGAGCGCUUAUAAGCGACGGCCCCUCGGAGGAGCGCGCAGUCGACGCGGGAUCCUGGAGCGCUGCAGAGUCUACACCACCAGUUUGCACUCUGCAGCUCAGCAUCUCCAACAGCACCGCGGAGUCUCCACCUCACAGACGCCACGAUGCCGGGCCCUUGGCUGCUGCUGGCUCUGGGCUUGAUGUUCACCCUGACUGGUGUCCCCGAAUCCUGCGCCUUGCUGGAGGCAGCCCAGGAGGAGGGUGCAGUGACUCCCCACCUGGGGAACGUCCAGAUACGUCCAGAACGUCGAUUCUUGCAGAAAAACCUGCAGCGGGUGCGAGGGGACCUAGGUGCGGCCUUAGACUCCUGGAUCACGAAGCGUCAGCAUCCAGGCAAAAGGGAGGAGGAAGAAGAAACUGAAGCUGAAGAGAGAGGGGACAUGGGAGAAGAGGGAACCUGGACUCCCUACAAACGACAGCACCCUGGCCGCCGUGCCAACCAGGACAAGUAUUCGUGGGUGGACUCAGAGGACAGCGACUGGAUGCCACAGUCCAGGGUACCAGAUUUCUUUCUGGAUUCCUGGUUCCUAGAUGCCCCCCAAGUCAAGCGACAGCACCCUGGCCGGAGAUCUUUCCCCUGGAUAGAGUCUGAUCUCACCAAGAGGCAGCAUCCGGGCCGGAGGUUCAUAGAUCCCAAGCUUCAAAGAAGCUGGGAACAAAAAGAAGAGGGAGAGGGUGUCCCAAUGCCUGAAAAACGCCAGCAUCCUGGCAAGAGGGCAUUGGGUCACCCUUGUGGGCCCCAGGGAACUUGUGGCCAAACAGGCCUGCUCCAGCUCCUGGGUGAACUGAGCAGGGGUCAAGAGACCCUGGAGGAGCAAAGUCCACAGCUGGAAGACUGGGUCAGGGAGCCUCUGUUGGAGGACUAAACCCAGAGACAGGCUUUAGUCUAGGAUGACUGAAGCCCUGUGUGCUCCACCCUGUCUCCUUCACCACCUUUCCCCCCUCAGAGGUUAACCCUGAGCCCUCCAUUCAUAGGAUCUUCCCAAUCCCCUUCCUUACCCACUUUAAUGACCCCAGUCAGGAAGUUAGAGCCCUACUUGUUCCUGCAAGCAAGAGGGGCCCGUUUCAUUGUCAUUGUCCUUGUCCCAGACAGCCCCCACGGUGUCACACACUCCUCAGCACUGGUCAAGAUGGGACCUCCUCGAAAGGGUGGGAUUGAAAAGUUUUGGUGUCAAAAUCCAAGUUCCAUCCUCUGCCCCAUGUGGCAAGACUGGCCUGGUAUAAUUUCAUCACCCUCUUCAAGGCUGGGGGCCCUGGGAAGUUUGGGGGUUAUUCUGACAUGCCCUGGGGGGCCACAUCUUGUAUAUACCCCAUGCUCUUGUUAAUCUCAAUAACAAUA